AUGAGAACCAAGGCAGCCCACGACAAACUGAUUCGCCUUAAAGACUUCAAGGUUGGGGACAGUGUGCUCUUGUUUAACUCCAAGUUGAGGUUGUUUCCCGGGAAGUUAAGAUCAAAGUGGUCGGGACCGUUCAAGAUCCAUGAAGUUCUACCAUAUGGAUCCCUCACUCUACUCAACCAAGAAGGAAAGGAAUUCAUAGUGAACGGUCAUAGGGGGUUAGCCAGUGAGAGUCAAGCCUUGGAGGCCAUAGGAUCAUUGCUCAAACUAAUCCAUCCAACACCUAUGAACUCCAUUUCGAGAGCAAGGUUUAUUGGAGCUCUUAGUGGACCUUUUCAAGCGAUUUCCAUCACUUCCAUGUGGAGAAUCGCCUAUGGACAUACAAGCCAGGGGUAG